GGUUAAUUGGCUUCGGAAUAUUACGUAUAAAAACCAAAGUAAACGACGAAAAUAAUUAAAUUGUGUGCGACGCUAUAACUGAAAUAAAUCAAGAUGAAUGCAUUCUACGUAAUAUUAUUAUGUAUGGCUAUAACGGCUUCACAGGUAGAUAACUAACAAUAAUAUAAUAUGUUAUUAAUUAUUAUUAUAGUAUUUUUUUUAUCAAUAAAAGAGUAAACUAUAUGUAUUCUUAAUGAAAAUUAGUUUUCAUUUAAAUUUUACUCUAAUAGAACCGUUCAUUUUGUUAUUCUGUAGAAAAAAAAAAUGAUUUAUUGUUUAUUAUAAUAUGAGCCGCUUGUUCUUUGCGAUUUUGAAUUAUUAAUUGAGUUUCCCAACUAUAAUAAUGUAAUAUGAUUUGCAAAAAUGUAAUAGUUGUUUUUUAUAUGUAUGUACACAUUUUAUAAUAUAUUCUCCAAAUUAUGUUUUAGGUUUCAGGUCUUUCUAUCGACGAUGUAUACGCGCAAAACGAGGUAAAUAUACCUACUAUUCAAACAUGCUUCCUUGUAGAUUUCUGAAAAGAACCGAAAGGGGUUGUCAAUAUGCUUUAUACCUAAUCUUAUCAACUUGUUCAGAACAAUUCGUUGACUAUUCCUAUACUACACUAGCUGGCCUUUUGGACCGAGUCGCAUUGGGCUGACAUAAAUAAAGGUCUCCGGGUUAUAUUUUACAGGUCAAAGAGACUUAAGACCUGCGGUCGUCACUCAACACAAUUUAACAACAUUAGAAAUAAUUUAAAGUACAACUAAUAAAUAUUAAAAUAAUAUUAUAAAAACGCUUGAACCGAGUAAUCUUGAUCUUCUAAGAUAGUUAUAGCAAUACCAAGUAAUGUUGAGUACGAAUUGUAUGUGAUGAUAAUUUAGAAGCCAUAUUAGAAUAAUUAUACACGUGACGAUAUUAUUAAGACCCAAGGGCGGAUCUAGGACGAGAUAACUGAUGGGGUGCUAUUUUUAAAAUUCAUAUAAGGCACGCAUUUAUGACGAGCUCAAUGAUAAAUCAAGCAAGGAAUAUAUAUAUAUAAUACAACUAAGAAUAUAUUGGAUAAUGAACGAGGGGAGGGGGGGGGGGGGAUCGCCACUAUUGCUCACCCUCUGGAUCCAUCCCUACUAAAAUCACCAUAUAGUUAUACUUAUAUAUAUAUAUGUAAAAAUACAAUAUUAAUACAUUUUCAGCUGUUCAUUUAAAUAUAAUAUAAAUAUCGUAUGAACAAUUUGAACUAAUAUCAAAAUGUUAGUAUAAUAUUAUUAGGUACUAGAAAAAUUAACCGAAUUUUCUCGAAAACAUAAAACGGUACCAAUGGAUUCCUUAUGCUUAGCAAAAAAAUUGUUUUAUAUUUCUUUCAGUUUACAAACUAUUGUAAAAAGUUUAUAUUUACAUGAAGUCUAUAUAAAGUUUACAUGUACUCCUACAAUCUAUAAUCAACAUUAAUUCAAGGAAGUGUUUAUUUGUCUGUGUUUUUAUUUUGUCUUUAUACGAUCCACAAACAAAUAUGUCGUAUGCAGAGGUCUGAAAAUAUGUAUAGAAAAGAGAAUGAACGGGUCUGUGUGAACUUCAAAAUCGGAUUUCCGAAACUCAACCCCUUAAAAGUGGCAAUCCUUACGCAGGAUUUUUAGUUUUAUUUUAACAAAAAUUGCAGUUUUUUUUUUCAUAAUCUUGGUGACAUGGAUUAAAAAACUUUAAAAAAAAAAAAAGUUAUAAGUUAAUUGCGUUGUCACAAGCAAAGAAGUAUCUAACCUUUAAAAAAUUUAAAAAAAAAUCAUUAUUAAAAAGAUACACGUGGCUGACACAGGGAAACAAUAAAAGACACGUUUCUAUAUAACAUUAUAUAUUUUUAUAUAUUUUUUUUUUUCGUUCAAUACUGUGCACGGGCAAAGCCAUACUGACAGCAAGUAGUAUAAUAUUAAAUAUUUUAAUUAUCAAUAACUCUUUGUUGAUGUAGGUUAAUGGAUUAUCCGGCGAAAUGCAGUAUCCUACAAUUUCACCAGCUAUAGAAACUGCAGAUAGCGUCCAGUUGACACCUCCGUUAAGCACUCCAACUGCAACGACGCUCGAAGAAGAAAAUCCGAAACUUAUGAACGUUGAGGACUUUUAGAUUAGAUUAGUUUAGUGCAUCGAAUUUGAGCGUUUUAAAUUAGUAUGUAGGUAGUUAUGAUUUGUGUUUGUUAUAUUAUUGUGUUCAAAUUUUAACGAUUUGUUUUCAAUGUUCAUAAUCAAACCAAACAAUUAGUAUUGUAAAAUAAAAAAACAACCAAUCAAAUAUAAUAAAACAUACAUACCUAUGUAAUAUAUUUAUAGAAUUAUAAUAUAUAC